GAAGAACGGGCCGGCCGGGGGGAUCCUGACCCCAGAGCACUGGCCAGCCGUGGGCACUGAGCACCGGACAGAAGGCCCAGCCCAGCUACCUCCAGCAACGGGACAGUCCCAGGAGAACCUGGGCAGGUGGACCCCGGACUGGGGAUGGCUCCACAGGGCAGGCCUGAGUCACAGCCCUGACUUCUCCUCCCGACAGCGAUGGUCCAGCAAGGACCUGAUCUCAGCUAAGCCACAUAAGCAGUGGGGGGAGGAGGGGGAAGGAUGAGGGUCUGUGAGUUUCUGCUUUCACUAUUCCGUACUUCACAAUUUUAAACAGGAAAAUGCUGGGGACAGGAGAUAAGGGCUCAGGGGUGCCGUGGCUUCUUGAGUACACGGCUGGUGGUCUGGCUGAAAUCACACCCCACACCCACGGGGCGGCUCCAGCUGGGUAUAUAACUCGCUGCCUUGAAGCCAGGGGCUGUCUGCUCUGCUGGCUGGAGGCUGAACUGGGCUGUCCCAACCCAGAGCGUCUGUGGGGCAGGAUCAUGGUGGGGCUCUACUCCCAGCUGGCCCUGCUGCUGCUGGUGCUGGUGCUGCCAUCCCCAGCGCAUGGUGCAGAGGAGAGUCAAGACCAGCCAGUGUUCAGCCGUAUCAUAGAGGGGAAGGAUGCCCGGGAGGGUCGAUGGCCCUGGCAGGUCAGUGUGCAGUUUUAUGAUGCCAAAAAAGGUGACUACCGCCACAUCUGCGGAGGCUCCCUCAUCUCAGCCCAGUGGGUGGUGUCAGCCGCUCACUGCUUCAGUUGCUCUCAGUGCUGUUCCCAGUACCGUUUGGUGCUGGGGGCACACCAGCUCCUCAACCCCUCCCCAAAUCAGAUCCUGGUCAAUGUGAAGCAGAUCAUCCUCCACCCCCAUUACAAUAAGAAGACCAAAAUUGCUGACAUCGCCUUGGUGAGGCUGGAGAAGCCCGUGAAAUCCACGAAGUUCAUCCGGCCCAUCUCCCUGCCGGGGGCCUUCCGCAAGUUCCCCGAGAAGAUGAAGUGUUGGGUCACCGGCUGGGGAAGGGUUGAAGUGACCAAGUCUCUCCCAAAACCCAAGACCCUGCAGGAGCUGGAGAUUCCCAUCAUCAAAACAGCAGACUGCAACAAUCGUUACAAGACACUGGCUCCACACUCACCUCUGGGUCCAGACGUAAUCAAACCCAACAUGAUCUGCGCCGGGUACAUGGACAGCCCCAAGGGAUUCUGCAAAGGCGACUCCGGGGGGCCUCUGGCCUGUCAGCAGGGUGGCACCUGGUACCUGGCUGGAGUCGUGAGCUGGUUUAUGACCAGAGAGGUGCGUGGAACCAUCUGUGCUGACUGCAGGUUCCCCGGGGUCUUCACCCGGGUGACGGCCUACAACAGCUGGAUCCGGAGACACAUGAAGGGGACGGCCCCUCUGCCAGCGUCUCUCCCGCUGCGCUGAUACUCGCCGCCCUCCUCCUCACCGCCCCGUGAGCCGCGCACGGACCUGCCCCUGGCACUGCCAGGCCAGCCCCUCUCAGGAUGUCUAUAGACCCCCACCCCUUGACACUGGGUUUGGGCCCCAUGUUGCUGGGGUCUGUGGGACGCGGCUGGGAGAGGCUGUGGAUGGAAGCACAGGGGCGCUAUGCGGAAGGUGAGGGCAAAGGGUGAGGGGUUAUCUCCUGCCUUUCCUACAGCUCUGACUGGGAAGCUGACGGGGAAGGGCCCAGGAGCCGCUUUGAUCCAUGACUUGUGCUCUGAAAAUCUUCAAUAAAUCAGCUUUGCAAACUC